GUUGCUCUUGUCACUGGUGCUUCAGUGGGAAUCGGAGCUGCAAUCGCAAAGUCUCUUGUGAGAGUUUUGUGAACUUCAACAUGGAUCGCUGGAAAGGCAGGGUUGCUCUUGUCACUGGUGCUUCAGUGGGAAUCGGAGCUGCAAUCGCAAAGUCUCUUGUGCAGCAUGGCAUGAAGGUGGUCGGAUGUGCCAGAAAUGUGAAGCAAAUUGAGAAUUUGGCAGCAGAAUGUGUCAGUAGUGGAUUCAGUGGCACUCUGUUCCCGUAUAAAUGUGAUCUGUCUGUAGAAGAGGAAGUGUUAUCCAUGUUCUCCUGGAUAAAAGUUCAACAUCAGGGCAUUGACGUGUGCAUUAAUAAUGCUGGUUUGGCUCUUCCAGAGCCUCUGCUGAGUGGUAAAACCAGUGGCUGGAAGACUAUGAUGGAUGUGAAUGUCAUUGGCCUGUCAGUGUGUACCCGUGAGGCUUACCAGUCCAUGAAAGAAAGAAAAGUUGAUGAUGGCCACAUCAUUAAUAUUAACAGUAUUUGUGGACACCGGGUCAUCAACAACGCCAAUGCACACUUCUACACCGCCAGCAAAUAUGCCGUGACUGCUCUCACUGAAGGUCUGCGACAAGAGUUACGCGAGGCCAAAACUCACAUACGUGCCACAGGUAUAUCUCCUGGUUUAGUGGAGACAGAAUUUGCCUACCGGCUCUUUAGUCAAAACCCAGAAAUAGCUGUGGCUACGUACAAAAGUAUAAAGUGCCUGCAAGCAGCUGACAUAACCGACGCAGUGGUGUAUGUCCUCAGUGCUCCUCCUCAUGUUCAAAUUGGUGACAUUGAGAUAACGCCCGUUGAGCAGACGAUGUAACAGAUAAACAGGAUCAAGCGUCUCUGAUACCUCGUGACAAUGAUCAAGCACAGAACACUGCUCUGCUUCACCUUGAAGUACAAUUUUGUAUAAUUAUUGAUUUACUAUUUUAUUUACUAAUAAUAGUACAAUUACUAUUAUUGCAAAUGUUACUAGAAAGACUAAAAUCAGGAUUUUUAGAAACAAAUCCUCUUGGUUCUGUUUAAUUAAAUAUUAAAUAUUAAAAACAUUUAUAAGGCUUGCAAAA